AAGGCUUAACCCAUUAUUGCCCCUUGUUGCAUAUCUGCAACACCCAUGUCCGUGCCCUGCCGAUUGCAAGGAUCCUAAUGCACCGCCACUUGGGGGCCACAUUCGUCGUAUCUGCAGUUUUCAAAAUGGCAGCAUCCAUGUCGUCGUCGAGCUCCGCAAACAAGGGACAUACUGCAAUUUCAACCUCAACAUUCUAUUCUGUUCUAAAAGAGAGGCCGAAGCGUUUUGUUCAUGCAAACCUGCUGGAUGCUAUCGACCCUAAUGAGAGCGAUUUUUCCGCUGAUAAAAAAAGUGACGAAAAAGUGUCUGGAGACAGCAGUGAUGAAGGAGAUGCCAUCCAAACUGAGGUAAAAGAAGCUGAGGAAGAGGUUGCUACCUCGACGGAUGCGCCUUCUGUAGAUCGGACACCGCGGAACAUGAAAAGGCGGUACACAUGGGUGAAGAAGGAUUUUGAUAUCGAGGCAGGUAGUUUCGAGAACAACUUUCCGCUGCCACCUGCAGAGCCGCUGAGUGCAGUGGAAUACUUUGACGUGUUUGUUUCUCGAUCCAUGCUAAAGGCUGUCGUCGAUGAAAGCAAUAAGUACUACUUUCAAAAACAUGGAACCACUCUAAACCUCACCGUAGAAAAACUUACACCUGUGCUGGGCAUGUUUUUCAGGAUGGGACUUGUAAACAUGCACAGGGUUCGUGCGCAUUGGGAAAAUGAAAGUAGAUAUGAAUUAGUAGCCCAGGUAAUGUCCCAUAACAGAUUCGAAAAGAUCACAAGCCACCUGCAUUUUUUCGAUAAUGAAGCGGCCAAUGACAAAGUAAAAGAAGACAAAUGCUGGAAAGUGCGCCCAUGGCUCAGUUCCUUGCGCAGCAACAUGGUUGUCUUGCCCCAAGAAAAAAAAAUCUGCAGUGGACGAAAUCUUGAUCCCUUUCUGUGGGCGGUGUUACGUUCGUCAGUACAUGCCUAAUAAACCAAAGAGUAAAUGGGGUCUAAAACUUUGGGGACGUUCCGGGGAAUCAGGUCUGUGUUAUGAUUUUGAUGUCUACCAGCGCUGCAACAAAGGUUUUUAUGGCAGCCAGGGUGGCUACCAGCUUGGGUUGGGAGCUGCUGUCGUGCUCCAGCUGUGUUCCAGCCUACCGAAGCGCGACGACAACCUAGUCGUCGCUGAUAACUUCUUCACAGGCCCUCAGCUUGUAGAGGAGCUUUCAAGUAUGGGAAUUUUCUAUAUUGGUACGGUUCGUGAAAACAGACUGAGCUGCAGCAAGUUGAUG